AGUAUAAGAGAGGUAAUUUAAGGAAGUAUAACAUGAAGCUAUACUUGUAAAUGAAGUUAUACCUGUUGAAAAUCUCUUGUAUGUAUAACAAUUAAAAGGACAAGAGACUAUGGUCAGAUUGUGUAAGUGCAUAACAUCUACCUAUGAUACAUCCGAGAAAUGUUGAGGAAGAUGAAGGGGGAAAUAGGUGUAGAAAUGUUUCUGUGGACCUUUCUGCCCAGCCACUCGAUUCUCUCUCCAUGCUUCCAGAUGUGAUGUUUGCCCAGAGGCUGGAAAAGCUAUUUGGUUUUGGAUUAUUGUUCUCAAAAUCCUUUAUUAGCAUGCAAGUUGGUGAUACUGGGAGCUCAAAUCCAAAAGUAAUUUCAGCAAGUGCUGGUUUUAUCUACUGCAUCCUUCACCAAGGCAGCUUUCCCGCUUCUAGCACUGUGAUGGCUCUGGCUUAACCAAAACAUCUCCUUUCUUGAAGGAAGAAGGAAAGGAAGAAGCUACUGGCCUCUUGGAUUGGCCAACUAAGCCUCCAUGACACGUCAUGGGAAGAACUGCACAGCAGGAGCUGUCUAUACUUACCAUGAAAAGAAGAAGGACACAGCUGCCUCUGGAUAUGGCACCCAGAAUGUCCGUCUGAGCAAAGAUGCUGUCAAGGACUUUGACUGCUGCUGCCUCUCUCUGCAGCCUUGCAAGGACCCUGUUGUGACCCCUGAUGGAUAUCUGUAUGAAAAAGAAGCUAUUCUAGAGUACAUUCUACAUCAGAAAAAAGAGAUUGCUCGGCAGAUGAAGGCCUAUGAGAAGCAGAAGAAUGAGAAAAAGGCAGAGAUGGCAGAGUUGAGCAAAGCUGCCAAAGAAUCCAAGGUGAAGAGCUUCCUGGACAAAGAACUAAGCAUCGUCAGCAAGCCUCUCAACCCUUUUGAUCGUACGUCAGGAGAUUCUGAACCUGGACCCAGCAGUGAAGACAAAGACAAAGACAAAAAACUGCCCAGCUUCUGGAUCCCUUCACUGACCCCUGAGGCCAAGACCAAAGUCAUCCCAAAGCCAGACAAGUGUGUGUAUUGUCCCAUGAGCAGGAAGCCCCUGAAGCUGAAGGACCUGAUUCCAGUGCAUUUCACCCCUGUUGACCCUAGUGUGGAUCGUGUAGGGCUUAUCAACCGGCAAGACCGCUAUGUCUGUGCAGUCACACGAGACAUGCUUGGAAACUCUGUCCCUUGUGCUGUACUCCGUCCAUCGGGCUCUGUGGUCACUCUGGAGUGUGUGGAGAAACUCAUCAAAAAGGACAUGGUUGAUCCAAUGAAUGGGGAGAAGCUGACUGAAAAGGAUAUAAUUGUCCUACAGCGGGGUGGCACAGGAUUUGCAGGUUCAGGUGUGGAACUGGAGGCCAAGAAAGCCCGCCCAGUUAUGCAAGCUUAACACUCUCAGACAACUGUCCUCUCAGAGGAGGUAUUUUUGCCUUUUUGUCCUGGUGAUGAUCUGCUACCCUCAAACAGCAUAUAGUGCAUAUAAACUGAAAGAGAUAACAAUAUUGUAGUCUUUGUAAUUUUUGUAAAUAAAUGCUGUUUUUAUGUA